AUGGGUGCUUCACAGUCCAAGAUCCCUUUUGAGGAGAAAGCCGCGAACAGCAGGGACGAUGACUAUGUCCAUGUUGAUGAGAAUGAGCUCACGGGUGAGAAGGGAACCACCAUCACAAACAUCGCCAAAAGCCGUAAACCCGAAGGCCUUUCCUUCUCAACCGUCUCAAAAUGGGAGAGUACACUGCUGGAAGACCCCAAGAACAGACUGGCCCUGUCCACCCUGAGCACCGCCAACCCCCGUGAUGUCCUCCUCUCCCGCGCGGCCAAGAUCGCCGAGCAGCAGGUCUUCAACAUCAAGAUCCCCUUCGAAGGCAACCCCAUCACUAACCAGCGGCAAAGCGGGCGAUGCUGGCUCUUUGCCAGCACCAACGUGUUCCGCGUGGCCCUGAUGCAAAAGUACCAGCUUGACCAGUUCGAGCUCUCGCAAGCCUACCUCUUCUUCUGGGACAAGCUCGAGAAGAGCAACUGGUUCCUGGAGCAGAUCAUCUCCACGGCCGAUCAGGACCUCGACUCGCGCCUGGUGCAGCGCCUCCUCCACGAGCCCCUCAGCGACGGCGGGCAGUGGGACAUGGUUUACAACCUCGUCGACAAAUAUGGCCUCGUCCCGCAGACGCUCUACCCCGAUUCGUUCAACGCCAGCUCCAGCAGUGUCCUCAACAGCAUCAUCUUCACCAAGCUGCGCGAGUACGCCCUCGUGCUACGCAAGCUCCUUUCUUCAUCCAACUUCACCACGGCAACGGAAAAGGAACAAAACCUCAGCACCACCAAAGCCAAGAUGAUGAAAGAGAUCCACGCCAUCCUCACCAUCACCCUCGGCCCUCCUCCCCCCGCCACCUCCGAAUUCACCUGGUCCUUCACCGACCGCCACGGCACAGCGCGCACCGUGCGGUCCACGCCCCAAGCCUUUGCAAAAGACAUCUACUCCUCCUCGGGCGGGCCACUGCGCAUCACAUCCAGUUCCAUCGCGCGCAUGGUCUCGCUCGUGCACGACCCGCGCCACCCGCCCUUGACGCUCAUGACCGUCGACAGGCUGGGUAACGUCGUGGGCGGGCGCAACAUCACUUACAUCAACGUGGAUAUGGCGUGUCUGAAAGCGGCGUGCGUGAGCAUGCUCAAGGCCGGGUUACCCAUCUUUUUCGGCAGUGACGUGGGGAAAUUCAGCGAUCGCGUGGCGGGCGUCAUGGAUCUGGACCUGAUUGAUUACGAGCUGGGGUUCAAUGUGAGCUUGCUGGGUGCUGAUAAGGCGAGUAGGCUGAGGACGGGCGAGAGUCUGAUGACGCAUGCCAUGGUGUUAACGGCCGUGCAUGUGGAUGAGGAAACGGGGAAGACGGUUAGGUGGAGGGUGCAGAAUAGUUGGGGGAAGGAGGUGGGUGAGCAAGGAUGGUUUGUGAUGAGCGAUGCGUGGAUGGAUGAGUUUGUGUAUCAUUUUUUGGGGAGGGAGGUGAAGGACGUGCUGGGACAGGAGCCGAUUGUGCUGCCGUUGUGGGAUCCUAUGGGCUCGCUGGCUUGA